GCCGACGGGGAGGAGGUGGGACCUCAGCUACUGCUGGUGGAGGGCGAGCGAGCGAGCGAACGGUGCACAUUGUCAGCCACGAUUCCCGCUGCCAACGACGGGCUUUUUUUGUGGGAAAUCACGACCAGAACGCGUAUCGCAGGACCCCCCCUCCCUCCCUCCCUACCGACGACAAGGCUACAUUCAUCCACCAUUCAUCUUGAUACAACGCCGUUUUUUGUUUUUUUUUUGCCUCUGUUACCCACCGAGACCCAGCGAGGUUCCCGGUAACCGCAACCGCCACCAACAUCACCGUCGCAGGCAGGGGGCUGUGUGAUGAGCUCGGCUAUGUUCAGAUAAGGCAGCUUUUGUUGCCGGGGCGUACACUUUGAAUCGAUUUGUCGCCUUUUAAAGCCUUCCAGCCCCCCCGAGUUUGAGAAGAAAGACCCACCAGAGGGACACAGCUACUAGCGGGGCAGAGGGGACCGCUGAAUAUCCAUGAGCUCCGAUUUCCCGCACUACAGUUUCAGGAUGCCAAAUAUAGGGUUCCAGAACCUUCCCCUUAACAUCUACAUUGUGGUGUUUGGGACAGCCAUCUUUGUCUUCAUCCUCAGCCUCCUCUUCUGCUGCUACUUAAUAAGGUUACGGCACCAGGCGCACAAAGAGCUCUAUGCAUACAAACAAGUCAUUCAGAAGGAAAAAGUCAAAGAGCUAAAUUUGCAUGAGAUAUGUGCGGUGUGCUUGGAGGAGUUCAAACAGAAAGACGAGCUGGGGAUUUGUCCAUGCAAACACGCCUUUCAUAGGAAGUGCCUCAUUAAGUGGUUGGAGGUGAGGAAAGUGUGCCCGCUGUGCAACAUGCCCGUCCUGCAGCUCGCCCAGCAGGCUGGCAGCACAGACCCCCCCGUGCCGAUACAGCAGCCUCUUCCUGGGAUCGAGAACCUGGUGUAGCGGAUUCAAACCCUUGCUACAGUUCGCCACAGUCACACAUCCCGUCACUCAUACUCACCUGUACAGGUACACUUUGGUAUGAGUCUGUGGACAGACCGGAGAAACUGGAGUUCCUGCGCAGAUCCUCACAGACACUGUGAAUCUGCACCUCUCUUAUCCUUCAUUGGUUCACUAAAAGGAUUUCCUGAUAUCAGCUCUGACUGAUAAUCAACUUUUCGUGUUUUUCUUUUCGCGGACAAUGAAGAAAAGUCGACGUAGAAGAAGUUUCGUUCUUGGCCAAGACGUGGUCGAUGACUUUUUCACAACCAAAGCACUUUUUCUGGGGACACCAGCUAAAGACCAGGAGUAAAAAAACACAAAGCCAAGAACUACAACACACUAAAAUAGAAUUUGUUUUUCUUUAUUUUUUUUAACAAGCACUUUACGACAAGUCGAACCUUAAUUGCUUGUGAUCGUAGUAGCAAGGUCAUGUUUUGUAUUUUAUCAUUAACUAUUAUUUCUGUGUACAGAACAAUUAGCAUUUAUAAUUAGUGACCUUUGAUUUUUAAACAGAACAAAAAAAAGAAUCUCAAAGGGACAAAAACACCUACGUCAGUAGAUGUCAGGAAAUUUGGACAAUGCUUUGUGUUCUAAUUUCACACACACGCACACACACACACACACACACACAAGAACUGAAGCUCAAAGCAACCUCGAGACAUCUUGUCUGACUAAAUGUGAAAAGUUUGAAUGUGUUGAAACCCAGAAUUUUUCACACAAAGCCUAGAAUUGUUUCCUCACCACCCGUCAUUCAUCACAAUGUGACUGUUCUUCUCCUUCUUUGUUACUCUGUCAAUACAGGAACAAACUAUAUUUUCAUUUAAGGAAUUUACCGGGUAACAUCCUGUAUAUACGAGUGUUGUUAGGCUGUGGCAGGCGCUAUCUAUCUAUCUACCUAUAUCUAUCUAUAGAUCUGUCUCUCUAUAUAUAUAGAUAUAGAUACGUAUAUACAGUCCCCCUCGGCAAAACAAUUCAGGUCUUCUCCAACAGAAAAUCUGACUUUCAAAGUAAUAACUUUGACUACUGUGAUUAUCUAAACCAGUAUUAGUGUGUAUGAACUGCUGCUUUAUCUAUAGAGCUGUUUUACAGAACAAACAUUAGCAAUGAGGCAAAAUCAAAGAAGAGACCCACAAAGUGUCACGUCAGUGCUCCGGUUUGAUUUUGAUUGAAGCUGAGCCGCGUGGACGUUAACGUGCUUCUCGGAACAGAACAGCAGACGUCCAGCAGCCGUGUUGAUGUGUCUUAAACUAGCACCACCUGUCCUGACUGCUGAUUGGAUGUAGGAAGAGACCAGGAUGUAGUACAACUUCAGACGUGCCACAUGCACAGCUGCACUUACGUUUGCUUCCACCCCGUUAGACGAUUUGUAUUUAUUUUUUAAUUUAUUAUACUUUCUUGGUACAGCUGCAUAUCGAAGGAGUUGGCGGGUUGACAGCUGCAUCAGCAUCACUGCCCUCAGCACAUCAUCAGCACAUCCUUUGCUCCCAACUUACAGUAGUUUGUGCACACCACACAGGGAGGGGCUCGGGCUGUGCCCCCCCCCCCCCCCCCCCCCCCCGGCUGCCAGAGAGUCUGUGGUCAGCAGGUUGCAAUGAAGCAGCGUUUUCAUUCACAUGUACACACACACACAUACAUGCAGCGCAGUUCUGCUUUUUGCCUGCAGGAUUCUGGUGCUUUCGCCUCUCGCCCUCUUUCUCUACGGUACAGGCCGCUUUUUGUUUCGUGCCACUCAAACAGUGACUUUGAGCCCUGCCGGCUUUUGUGGUUCUUCUCUUUGUCCUCAUCCCUUGUUGGCUGCAGUUAGUGAAUGUGUUGUGGGGAAAUGUGCUGAUCUGAUAGGGUGGCGUGAAAAAAAAAAAACCCAGCCGUGCAGCAAAGCGAUGCACCUGAGAUGAGUUGGAGAAUGUCUUUGACCUGUGUUUUGUGUCGUCAAAUGACAAUCGUACGCUGUCUUUAAAUCUAAAGAAAAUCUAAGUAAAACCUGGAAGCUGCCAUCAGGACACGAUGAAACACAAGACACAACAUUUCCGUCUGACUUGGCCGUGUGGUCUGGUUACUGAUGGAAAAAUAAGCAAACAGGCUUCUGAUUGGUUUAGAAACACCAACAUCCAGUUUCCAUCUAACUCAUUAAAAUUAAAAUGGAUCCAGGUGACGUAUCUGGAUACACAUCACAUUUUAAAAGCAGGCGUGAAAGUCUUAACACAAAGAUCUUUGUGAACCUUAAUAAAUAAAACAAAUAUAUAUUGAUGCUUUGAACAGUGUCACGGGUGGAGCUGCGCAGGUUCCCAACACGUGGCGGUGACAAUGCAUUUCACCGUCUGUGGCAGGAGAGCAUUGUUACCGGACCUCUGCGCUCUGAAUGUUGUCAUCUCCGUUGAAUGUUUGACCUUUUGCGGUGGGUCAGAGCUUGCAGCGAGGUGAAAAUGUCAGCUGUUAGAUCAGAGCAAAAGCAGGAUUUCUUGAUCCUGAGUCAGCUGUUUCAUCCCCAUAACGAGGUCCAGCCGGCUCACAUUAACGCAGCACCGUGUCACCGCUGAUGGUGGCAAACUAUUAACGAUUUAAAGCAGCUAAAACUCAAAGAAACAUGUUGUCCACAUUGGUUUUAUUUCAACAAAAACUGCCACAGUUAAUAAAAAAACCACCGACUGUGUGUUGAGGAAACACACCACGAGGCUCUUCUUCACUUUGGUACCUUUUUGCGUCUUGUUCUUUGGUUCUAAAGAGGCUGUGACUGUUUUCAUCAUGACAUUAUUCCCAACACUUCCUGCCGCUGUCCCUGAAAGACGACAUACUUUGUAGCUCAGCGCUAAUAACCUGAAGCUUUGUUCCUGCUAACGGUUUUGUCUCAGAAUGUGAGGUUCAGGAGAGAAAGAACAGGAGGAGAUUUAAUGUGAAAGCAUGCUGUUAUGCAUAGUGACGUUGCCACUGAUAUCACCUUUGUUAAAUGUAUGUAGACAGUAGUAUCAGUAGUGUAUUUAUACAUGAGGUGCACAUAAAAUGCUCCUUCAUACAAACUAAAUGGCAGCUGAGCACUUCCUGCCAUUUGGCCAUCUUAAGUGUUGUGUUCGAUUGUAAACACUUUUAGCCUUUCCACCCCUUUUCCUUCCUGUGUGCCGUCCUAAUCCCACUGAAACAAAGUGCCAACCCAAGAUGAACCGCUACCAAUCAAAGUCUCAGCCGGUGAGAGAGAAGCUUCUGCUUUUACAGAAGAAAACAGGCGAAAAUCUCCCAUCGUGGCCAAAAAAAAAUGACGGGAAACUGAGCCGGACGUGAAAACAGUCAUAAACGGCUUCCCGCCACUGAAACCACCGCUGACGUCGGUGCUGCCUCUGAGUUAGCUCCACUCUAAACAGACACAGUGAGGUGAAACACGGCAGUCAGGAGCGCCGCUUAUCACCUGUGUGCAAUCAGAGAGGCUGGUCGUCACGUGGUCGUCCCCUCAGGGACACCCAGCUUCCCCUCCACGUGUGAUGGCGUGUUGGCAGACGGUGUUCUGGAAAGCUGACGGGUUUCAUUUCCAUCAUUUAGGAUUCUUAAUCUCUAUCACUGCCUCCCUGAAGUGAACUUUGUUCCUGUUUGUAUGGUGUCUUAUUUAUUCCUCUGUAGCCCCCCCCCCAACAAACCCUCCCAUUACCAGCAUACCUGAGCACCCCCCCCCCCCCACCCCCCCCGUUGUUAACACUGAUUAUGUUUGUGGACUCUCACAGACAUUAUUUGUAAAACUAAGAAUUCUGCAGCAGAAUAUUUUUGGAGACAUUUGCUGUACAGUAUUUGUAAGCUCUAUUUUUGUAUAUUGCUCUUUUGGAGAAAAUAAUAUGCAUUUUUUUUCUUUUCUUGUUUUUGCUAAUUUCAUGUUUAUUCAUUUUAAGAAAAUGUUGCAUGUGACUGACUUGAACUGUAAAUAAAAUUUCCAGGUUUUGGAAAGA